UGUACUUAGACAUGAUUGUUCGGAGUUCAGCGGUGAGCGCGGCUUUCUACUUGCUCAGGUGGUCGGAUCGGCUGAAGGCUCUGUGGCAGAGCAUACACUCAUAUGGCUUCUGUCCCGUGUGCUUUCGGAAGUGUCUCGUCAACUCAUCCGAACGGGCGAACUUCCACCCGCAACCUUCCCACGUGCAGUGGUACGGCUUUUCACCUGAGGACAACAGAAAUAAAAGAAGCUGCUGAAUACUCUGCCCCACCGGCUCCUACACUGACCCAGACAGCCAUCAGAGGCUCAUCUGUGGAGUUGUUGUGUCAGGCUCCAGAAGGUUAUGGUGGACUUGUAUUUAAACUUUUCAAAAUGCGCCAGCUGAUAGAUAAGGUUGAGCAUUCAACCGAACAGCAAAGGGCUCUCUUUAUUAUUAGGGGAAAAGAUACAGAAAAAGAGAAUCUGUAUUGCUGUAUGUAUGACAGCAGCAUGAUCAGUUCCUAUAUGCAGCCAGAGCAGAAAGUCUCAGUUGGUCCCCCUCCAUCCCCUCACUUGAUGGUCGAGCCCUCUAGUGGGCAUGUUAGUCCUGGUGAAACACUGUCAUUCCACUGUCAGGCUCCACCUGACCGUCAGAAACAGUCUCCUGAGGCUUUUCUCUUGCUCCGGAGAACCAAAGGAACCCCGGGCUCCAUGGUCGCUCCAGCCCAGCUGGUGUCUCAGUCCCAUGAUGCUCACUUCAGUGUGAAGACAAAGGGACGAGAGGACGGUGGAGAGUAUGUCUGCCUCUACCAACUCAAAUCACAGAAGACGGGACAGGUGAACUCCACAGCCAGUCAGCCGUUACACAUUACUGUCAUAGAGCUCCCAGUCCCCACUCUGUCCUUGUCCCGACACAAGGGUGAAGUUCUGGAGUGUGUUGGGUCACCCUCAUAUCCGCAAGGCUACUUCAGUUUAUUUCGUGUCGGUGUCCUGUCACCUGAGGCGACCCAUCAGGCUAUCCUGACCCAACACAGUGCUAGAUUUCCCAUACCCACCCGUUAUGAACAUGGUGCACAGUAUCAGUGUCAGUACAGCGUGUCAUUGGGCAACUCCAAGGCGUACUCUAAAAUGAGCUCACCAGUAACUAUCCCAUGCAUUACAGGAUAUCAUGUAUGCACAUCGAGCUCUACAGGCAACACAGACCUGGCUCUGAUUGUUGGCUCUGUGUCUGCGGGUGUUCUGUUCCUCAUGGUGGUGGCAAUCCUGGGCUUUGCCAUACACAGACAUUUCAAAAACAUGUCAGAGAGAAGGACACAAAGAGAUCAAGAAAAAUUCUGGCAAAAUGUGCACUCCAGAGAUCAUAUUGUUGAUCUCACUCUGCAGCGUGUUGACAUUGGAACUGAGGAAAAUGGACAAAUGCUUAGAGGAAGACCCUCAUUUUCAGAGCCCAUCUACGAUUAUCCCAUGGCAACCUUUAAGAAUGCCUCAGUUUGCUGAUGUCUAUCUAUCUAUCUAUCUAUCUAUCUAUCUACCUACCGACCGACCGACCGGAUGCUACAUUUUGUGUUUGA